GCGCACAACGCAUUGUUUCCAGUCGUUUCGACCGAGUAAGAGGAUUUGUCUUUGUUAUCAGCCGUAAAGUGCUAUAAAAACUUUAAGAUGGAGUUAGAAGGUGGCACGUAUGGGCCUGGGUUUGUGGGCAUUAGAUUCUGUCAAGAGUGUAAUAACAUGUUGUAUCCUAAAGAGGAUAAAGAAAAUCGCAUUCUGCUCUACGCUUGCAGGAAUUGUGACUAUCAACAGGAAGCUGACAACAGUUGCAUUUAUGUGAACAAAAUCACCCAUGAGGUUGAUGAACUCACACAGAUUAUUGCAGAUGUUGCCCAGGAUCCAACAUUGCCCAGGACAGAGGACCAUCCGUGCCCCAAGUGUGGCCAUAAGGAGGCAGUGUUCUUCCAGUCUCACAGUAUGAAAGCUGAGGAUGCCAUGAGGCUUUACUAUGUCUGCACUGCUCCACACUGUGGCCACAGAUGGACAGAGUGAGAAGAUAAAGCAGAGAAUGACAAAAGCAAACUGCUGGAUGUUAAAGGGUGGGGCAUGGUGUGCUUUUGUGUCACUGUUAUUCCAUUCCAGAACAAGUUUAGACAUACAUUUAAAGUCUGAAUGUAUUUGAUCGGUAACCCAAAUGUGUUUCUAAUGCAUUUAUAAAAUAUAUGUUGGUUUUUAUGUUUUGCUUAUCCUUUUGAGCAACAUAUUUCUAACAACAAAUGUCAGCAUGCAUUGGGAGACUCAUCCUUUUCCCAGUUUGUUUAUAGUUGGUAAUUUUAAAAUAGUGUA